AUGGAUGUGGGUCAGGUUAUCUUGGGCCACCCUUGGCUUUUUGAUAAAGAUGUCCACAUUUGUGAUCGUUCAAACAUCUGUGUGUUUGAAUAUGGUGGCAAGAAGAUCAAGUUCUUUCGUAGUCAGCCAAAGUCCAAGGAUGAACGUAAAUCCAAUUCUGUGAAACCUAGUAAAGGGCUCGACCUUGUAUCUGCCAAUAUUAUUGAUUCCUGUGUGGCCCAAGGCGCACCCCUUUAUACCCUAGUUGUUUGUGAGGUUACUAAGGAGCCUCAUAGAACCAUUCCUCAAAAAGUCCAGCCCAUCCUUCUGGACUUUUCUGAUAUUUUUCCUGAGGACCUUCCUAACCAGUUACCACCUUUGAGGGAUAUACAACAUGCCAUUGACCUUGCACAAGGUGUUUCCCUCCCUAACUUGCCUUAUUACCGUAUAAAUCCUAUUGAGUAUGCUAAGCUCAAAAGGCAGGUGGAUAAACUCCUACAGUAG